AUGGCGACGUCGCAAGGUGUUUCAUCGACGAGCAACGAGGCCGCAACGGCGUCGCUCUUCCUGCGGGUGCUCGACGAGGUGCCUCGGCUCCUGGAGCACUGUUCCCAACCAGUCCUCGAACGGAUCCCCGCCCUGUGCUGGUCGGCGCUCCUUUCGACGCUGCGAUACGGCCGCGGACACAAGCACAGGCCCCCCCCGCCGCUCAACGUCAUCUACGAGCACAACUUGGCGCCCGUGCCCGCCCCCGUGCUCAGCGUCUUCCCGCACGGCACGCUCGUGCGUGGCCUCGCGGCGCGCGUCAGCGCGGACACGGACUACAUCGGCCGACUGCGAUUCGCUGGAGCGCAGUUCCCCGUCACCGCCGCCGGGGCGCUCUGCAACGCGGCGACGAAGGCCCGGGUGGCCAGCGCUGACAUGCCGUCUGCACUGGACCGGGAGGCGGCGCUGAUGCGCAUGAUCGACGCGUCCUUCGGCUCCGUCUCCGCUCCGCUCCGCGUCGUCGCUCUCGAUGCUGGCGACCUCGCGCUGGCCACGACGUGCGACGUGAUGAUGCCUCAUUUGUUUCAGCGGGGUCUCGGGGAGCGUGUCGCCCUCCUGCGCGGCCUGCUGCGCGCCCCGGCGGUCAUCAGCAGCCUCGAGGACCUCGAUCUGGGGCAGCUCAUGGUCGUCUCCGAGACGGUCCGUCGAAUCUUCGACAAUCUCGCGGGUGGCGCCAGGAAGCUGCGCCACUUGUGCGUCGAGGGGCUGGACAUGCGUGGGGCGGCCGCGGAGGCGCUCGCGGGGCUCGUGCGGGGCUCCGCGACGCUCAGGAAGCUCGACUGCAGCGCGUGCGUGUGGGAUCGGGGCGGCGCUGCGUCUGUCGCCCGCGCCGUGGUGGACGGAGGAACGGUUGAGGUGCUGGACAUGAGCGCGACGCCGCACGGCGACGCCAUCGCCGGAGAGCUGGCCAGGCGCGGCGGCGGCGCGGUGAGGCAGCUGAAGUUGUCGACGACUGGACUGACGCCGGCGGGGGCGGCUGACCUGACGUCAGGGCUGUCGUCAACGGCGGUCACGAGCCUCUUCCUCGGGGGCAACAAGCUCGCGAGCGCAGGCGCCCGGCAUAUGGCGGCGCUGGUUCGUUCGAGCGACUCGCUCGCCACGCUGAUCCUGUCGGACAACGCCAUCGGGCCGCACGGGGCCGCGGAGCUGUUUGAUGCUGUGGCCGACAGCAAGUCCCUCGAGAUGCUGAUCCUGGAGCACAGCGAGAUCGGCGACGGCGGCGCAGCGGCGGCGGGGCGGAUGCUGGCGCGCAACGGGAAGUUGGCCAUGCUCGACGUGACCCACAACGGCAUCGGAGACGUUGGCGCGCAACAGCUGGCACAGGGCUUGGCGAAGAAUCACGCCCUCGGGUGUCUGUCGCUCAAGGACGAGACGAUCGGGUCGGAUGGCGUCGCUGCGGUGGCCCGCGCGGCCCUGCAGGGCGGCUCGCUCGCCGUCGUCGAGCUGAUGGCUGGCGGCGUGACCGAUGCUGCUGCGGGGUGUCUCCGCGACAUGCUGGCCGGCAUACGCCUGCAGGGGCUGGUGUUCCAGGCGGACCUGACGCCACGGGGAUGGAAGAUGUUCGCCGAGGGCGUCGCGCGCAGCAAGGCGCUGCAUUUUUUGUACCUCUCGCCCGACAGCGACACCGGCAGGACGUGCAACCUGGGCAGCGACGGCGCUGCCGCCCUCGGGUGGGCCCUGAGGGGCCACCAUAGUCUGGUCAGUCUCGACCUGUCCUCGUGCGGGAUCGGGCCAAAUGGCGUGGGGGCCAUGGGUCAAAGCUUGUGGAGCAACCGCGGGCUGGAGCGGCUGCUGCUCGCCGGCAACGACAUCGGCACGUUCGGAGCGGUGUAUUUGGCGUACGCGGUGGCGCAGAUCCGCUCCCUGCACACCCUCGACAUCUCCAACAGCAGGGUCGGUCCGCAGGGGCUCAAUCACGUCAGUCGCAUGCUGCGCGAGUGUCCGAAGGACUUCAGCCUGAUCGUGUCGCGGAACCACAAGUUCUUGGCAGUAGAGCUCAGGGGGGCGACUCCGCGUCUGAGGAUCCUCGUCAGCGACGUCAUGGAGGCGGACCUGCCGGGCGACGACGAGGACGAGUCCUCGGAAGAGGAGGAACGGGGCGGGUGGUGGCCCCUCGCCUGA